ACAGUAUUCUUUACGAGAAAUAUCACUAAAAUACAAUUCCAUGCACGUCAACUCGUAUGCCCCACGUCCCUCUCCCUCUCUCUCUCUCUCCUUUUAAAACCCAAGAAAACCAUAGCUUCUCUCGUUAGGCAAAGAACGAAAGAACAGUAGAAAUGUCGAAUCAGAUCUCUCUAUAUUUUCUCCUCCUCCCACAAAUCAAAACCAAAUCCUGAAUCGAAAAAUCAAACAUAUCAUAUCAUAUUAUCAUCGAAUCUUUGAUUCAGAUGGGUGCGGGUUCAUCGUCGGAUCUGGCAGCGUCGGAUCAGGCCUCGGGGCUAGGGGACGUGCCGGAAAACUGUAUAUCGGCCGUGUUAACGUACAUGGAGCCGCCGGAGAUAUGCCGGCUGGCGAGGGUGAGCCAAUCGUUUCACAGGGCGUCGGAAUCGGACAUGCUGUGGGAGAAGAAACUGCCUUGCAACUACAGGUUCCUCGUGGAGAGGGUUCUUGGACAAGACUCGAAGAAUAUGACCAACCACAACAUGAAAGAUGUCUUCGCCAGGCUCUCCCGACCAAAUCGGUUCGAUUCCGGUACAAAGGAGGCAUGGGUGGAUCCGAGAAGCGGGAAAGUGGUAGUGGCGAUCUCACCAAAGGCGAUGAAGAUUACAGGAAUCGAUGACCGACGAUAUUGGGAACAUAUCCCUUCUGACGAAUCCAGAUUCGGAUCUGUCGCUUAUCUCCAACAAAUAUGGUGGUUAGAAGCGGUGGGAGAAAUCGAAUUCAAUUUUCCACAAGGGAAAUACAGUGUUCUGUUUAAGAUACAAUUAGGCAAGCCCUGCAGGAGGUUUGGAAGGAAGACAUGUAACGUAGAGCAGGUGCAUGGCUGGAACAUCAAACCGGUCCGGUUUGAGCUGUCCACGUCGGAUGGUCAGCGUGCGUUGUCGGAGAGACACGUGGACGGGUCGGGGAAGUGGGUUUGGUACCACGUCGGCGAUUUCUUCGUGGAGAAUCCGAACUCGGCCCUAAGAGUUAAGUUCUCGAUGCUUCAGAUAGAUUGCACGCACACCAAAGGUGGGUUAUGUUUGGAUUCUGUGAUUAUAUGUCCUUCUGAAUUCAGGGAGGUUAUUCACUUGUAAUUAUCCAUUCUUUUGAAAUAAACUUCAGUUUUGUCCGGUUUAGUGUAUGUUCGCGCGUGUGUAUAUAUAUGUAAGAGGCUUGUGUUUGUCUGUAA